GAACAUGGAAAAAUUAAAUCAAAUAAGAAACAGAAAUUGAGCAAAACUCAGAAGAAGAAGAAGAAGAAGUUUGAGGAUGACGAGAAGAAACAACUUCUUCUGGAAAAAGCUAUUCAGAAAUUCAAUGAGAACACACUUCCAGAGUAUGCAUAUCCUCUUUUGCUGUCUUCAUGCAAAAUAAACCGGGAUGAGACUACGAAGGAAAAGCGUAGGAGGGCUGUUCAUUUAUUGAAAGAAGGAUUGGAGGUUUCAUAUGAUGGGCUGUCCAAGAAACCUCAGAUGGAUGAAAUUCAUUUAGCACAAGCUGAUGAAGUUGAAGAAAAUGACAUUCAAAUUCAACCCAUUAGAUCAGUAGAAGUCUUAAAUACAACGUCAGUGCCUUUGGAGUCCUCUGAAGAACCACUUCAUUGCAAUGAAGUGGAAAACUACAAAUAUGUUUCUGAGAAUCUUGCUGACAUUUCAAUUGUCAAGAAACAUGAUGAAAUCAGAAGUUUUCCCUUGUCUUGUUCGGUUGAUGAAAUAAAAAAGACCAAUUUAAAGGAUAGAACAGAUGAGAACCACAACUCCAAUGAAUUGAGCAACCUUCCUGAUUAUUCUGCACCAAGACCUUCAAAUGUUCCUACUGUUGUUCAUGUGUGUAGACCAAGUGAAGUUGAAGACAAAAGAAAGGAUUUGCCUAUAGUUAUGAUGGAGCAAGAGAUAAUGGAAGCUAUAAAUGAUUCCUCUAGUGUUAUCAUAUGUGGAGAAACUGGAUGUGGUAAAACAACUCAAGUUCCUCAGUUUCUUUAUGAAGCCGGUUAUGGUUCAAGUAAGGGUAUCAUUGGUGUUACUCAACCACGUAGAGUGGCUGUUCUUGCCACAGCUAAGCGUGUGGCAUAUGAGCUUGGUCUCCAUCUGGGGAAGGAAGUUGGUUUUCAAGUCAGAUAUGACAAGAAGAUUGGUGAAAAUUGUUCUAUCAAGUUUAUGACUGAUGGAAUUUUGCUACGAGAAGUUCAGAAUGAUAUUUUGUUGAGACGCUAUUCUGUCAUAAUUCUUGAUGAGGCGCAUGAGAGGAGCUUGAACACUGACAUUUUGAUUGGGAUGCUCUCACGUGGAAUUCAAACUCGCCAAAUGAUUUAUAACAAACAACAGAAAAUGAUACUUUCAGGGGAAAUUAUAAGUCCUGAAAAAAUGAUUUUUCCAUUAAGACUUGUGCUUAUGAGUGCCACCUUGCGUGUACAAGACUUCACUUCUGGAAAGUUAUUCCAUACUUCUCCACCUGUGAUAGAAGUUCCUACAAGGCAAUUUCCAGUAUCUGCAUACUUCUCAAAGAAAACAGAGAAAACAGAUUAUAUUGGCGAAGCAUAUAAGAAAGUCUUGGCAAUUCACAAGAGGUUGCCACCUGGGGGCAUACUUGUUUUUGUUACUGGGCAAAGGGAAGUAGAGGACUUGUGCAGGAAAUUACGGAAAGCAUCAAGGGAGUUUAUCAAGAAAAAAGUUGAAGGGUGUGUGGAAACUGAUAGAACUGUGGUCAAUGAAACAAACUCUGUUGAGGGAGUAAAUAUUAACGAGAUCAAUGAAGCAUUUGAGGUUCAUGGAAGUUCAUCCAUCCAGCAAACUGAUAGAUUUAGUGGUUAUGAUGAAGAUGAGGAUAAUGCAAAUGAGAAUGAAUCUGAUUUUUCUUAUGACUCUGAAACAGAGAGUGAACUGGAAUUUGAUGAUGAUAAUCUUGAGCUUUCAGAGAACAAUAAUGAAAUUGUGGAUGUCUUAGGACAGCCAGGUAGUCUUGCUUCACUAAAGGCUGCUUUUGAAAAAUUGUCUGGGAAGGCCACAUUAAGUUCCUCAAAUGAAGAGAAGACAGUUUCUCUGAAUUUAGAAGGUAAUUUAGACCAAUCAAUAGUUCUCAGGGGGAAAAGAACAAAAGAAAGUUGCAGUCCUCCAGGUGCACUCUGUGUUCUACCUCUGUAUGCCAUGCUUCCUGCAGCAGCUCAACUUCGUGUAUUUGAAGCGGUUGGGGAGGGAGAGCGGCUUGUAGUUGUUGCCACAAAUGUUGCCGAAACAUCUUUAACCAUCCCAGGGAUAAAAUAUGUGGUUGAUACUGGAAGAGAAAAGGUGAAGAAUUAUGACCCCUCUAAUGGUAUGGAGACAUAUGAAAUACAAUGGAUAAGUAAGGCAUCUGCUGCACAGCGUGCAGGCAGAUCUGGAAGAACUGGACCUGGACACUGUUACCGUCUCUAUUCUUCUGCAGCCUUUAAUAAUGAAUUUCCUGAGCACUCUCCUGCGGAAGUUGAGAAAGUACCUGUUCAUGGUGUUGUACUUCUCUUGAAAUCCAUGCAUAUUAAAAAGGUUGCAAACUUUCCAUUUCCCACUUCUCUUAAAGCUGCUUCUUUGAUUGAAGCUGAAAAUUGCUUGAAAUCUCUUGAAGCACUUGAUAGCAAGGAUGAACUUACACUUUUGGGAAAAGCCAUGGCACAUUAUCCCUUGAGUCCUCGUCAUUCUAGAAUGCUCCUCACUGUUAUUAAAAGUACAAGACAUGAGCUUAAAUGUAAUUCAAAUAUGCUUUUGGCAUAUGCUGUUGCAGCUGCUGCGGCGUUGAGCUUGUCAAAUCCUUUUGUAAUGCAAUAUGAAGAUGGUAGCAGCAGAGAUUCAGAGAUGUCUGAGAAAUCUACAAUGGGAGAUGCUGAGAAAGACUUUGAUAAAAAAGGAAAGUCAAGCAGAAAGAAACUUAAAGAAUCCUCCAAAGUUGCACGCGGAAAAUUUCGAGUUGUCACUAGUGAUGCCCUCAGCAUAGCUUAUGCAUUACAGUGUUUUGAACAUUCACGGAAAUCAGUAGAAUUCUGUGAUGACAAUGCAUUGCAUUUCAAAACCAUGGAUGAAAUGUCCAAACUUCGACAACAACUACUUAAACUGGUCUUUUAUCAGAGUGAUAAUGGUGGUCUCGAAGAAGAGUACUCAUGGACCCAUGGAACAUUAGAGGAUGUAGAACGUGCUUGGCAGGUUUCUUCUGAAAAGUACCCACUUUCUCUUGUUGAGGAAAGGCUCAUCUGUCAAGCAAUAUGUGCUGGCUGGGCAGAUAGGGUUGCUAAACGUAUUACAUCUUCUUCUAGGGCCUUUGAAGGAGAGAAAACAUCUCGAGUCUUAAGGUAUCAAUCAUGCAUGGUUGAUGAAAGUGUUUUACUUCAUCGUUGGUCUACAGUUUCCAUUGUAGGCCCUGAGUAUUUAGUUUACAAUGAACUAUUAGAGACCAGAAGACCAAAUAAAGAAGGGAUAACAAGUACCAAGAGAGCAUAUAUGCAUGGAGUAACAAGCGUAGAGCCAGCUUGGCUUGUUGAGCAUGCAAAGUCUUCAUGCGUCUUUUCUUCCCCCCUGAUGGAUCCUAGACCUUUUUAUGAUGCUCAGACUGACCAAGUAAAAUGUUGGGUAACCCCAUCCUUUGGGCGUUUCUGUUGGGAGCUUCCAAAGCAUUCAUUGCCCAUUAGCAAUGAUGAACAUCGGGUGCAAGUGUUUGCCUAUGCUUUGCUUGAAGGCCAGGUGUGUCCCUGUUUAAAAUCUGUUCGAAAAUACAUGUCAGCUCCCCCUGAAAGUAUCUUGAAGAGAGAAGCAUUUGGUCAGAAAAGGGUGGGAAAUCUUUUAAGCAAGUUAAAGAGCAGGCUGAUUGAUAGCUCUGCCGUGCUAAGAAUGGUGUGGAAGGAGAAUCCAAGGGAACUAUUUUCAGAAAUUUUGGAUUGGUUUCAGCAGAGUUUUCACAAGCACUUUGAAGAGUUAUGGUUACAAAUGCUUAACGAACUGCUUGUGAAGACACAAGAACACCCUCAGCAUAGAAGUUCCAGAAAAAAGAAAGAAAAAUCGAAAUCACUCUGUUAA